GCGUGAUGGCGAAGAUGGCGGCGGCGUUGGGCUCCGUGGCUACCCUGGCGACGGAGCCGGGGGAGGACGCCUUUCGGAAGCUUUUCCGCUUCUACCGGCAGAGCCGCCCGGGGACUGCAGACCUGGGAGGGGUCAUCGACUUCUCGGCGGCCCAGACAACCCGCGGCACGGGUCCCGGGGCCCACAAGGUGGUCAGAUCUCAGUUGAGUGUGUCCUCAGUCAGUGACCACGAUGCACAUAGAGCAGGACUUCAGCCAGUCAGCAAGUGGCGAGCUUAUGGACUUGAAGGCUAUCCUGGAUUUAUUUUCAUCCCAAAUCCCUUCCUCCCAGGUUACCAGUGGCACUGGGUGAAGCAGUGCCUUAAGUUAUAUUCCCAAAAACCUAAUGUAUGUAAUCUGGACAAACACAUGACUAAAGAAGAAACCCAAGAUCUUUGGGAACAGAGCAAAGAAUUUCUAAGAUACAAAGAAGUGAAUAAACGGAGACCCCGAAGCUUAUUAGAGAAACUGCGGUGGGUGACCCUAGGCUACCAUUAUAACUGGGAUAGUAAGAAAUACUCAGCAGAUCAUUAUACACCUUUCCCUUCUGACCUGGCUUUCCUCUCAGAGCAAGUAGCUGCUGCCUGUGGAUUUCAGGGUUUCCGAGCCGAAGCCGGUAUCCUGAAUUACUACCGCUUAGAUUCUACGCUGGGGAUUCACGUGGACAGAUCUGAACUAGAUCACUCCAAACCCCUCCUGUCGUUCAGCUUCGGACAGUCUGCUAUCUUUCUCCUGGGUGGCCUCAAAAGAGAUGAAGCCCCCACGGCCAUGUUUAUGCAUAGUGGUGACAUCAUGGUAAUGUCGGGUUUCAGCCGCCUGUUGAACCAUGCAGUUCCAAAGGUCCUUCCAAGUUCUGAGGGCGAAAGCCUGCCUUGCUGCCUAGAAACACCUCUUCCAGCUGUCCUCCCCAGAGAUGCGGUGGUAGAGUGCUGUUCUGUGGAGGACUGGCAGGUGUGCGCCAGCUACUUGAAAACUGCUCGUGUUAACAUGACUGUCCGACAAGUACUGGCUACAGACCAGGACUUCCCUUUGGAACCCAUGGUGGAGAAUAAAAGAGACAUCACCACAGAAGGUUUCUGCCAUCUGGAUGACGAGAAUAGCCAAGUGAAACGAACUAGGUUAAACCCUGACAGCUGAGGCUUGGAGAGCCCAUUCUUUUGCUUAGGCAGGUCUUAGAGUAAAUGACAUGCUGUUUGUAUUGCCAUUGACUUCAGCACCAAGACAAGCCAAAAACAGAGACAGGGAAAAACUCAUCAUCGAUCACACUGUUGCCUUGGAACCCAUUCUGAAGAAUAAACUGAUACAGAACGAGUAAACUGACUGAUCCCAUACAUCAGUGCCUAACCAGGACUGGACCAGACAUUUUUGGCAUGGCCUAGUCCUGCUUAGGCGCUGAUGUAUGAGAAGUCCAAGGAGGUACGACAUUCCACAACAGCCUUCGCAGCCUUGCCAAGACCUCUGAGGGAGGUAGAAGUGAGUUUCCAUGUCUGUGGAAUCUUUAGAUACCUCAGAUUUUAUUGAUGGGAAACAUAAUAGCCCUCUCUCCAGCCCAUCUAGUGAUUUUGUGAAAAAAUUGUGGUUCCAUGAACUAAGCAUUAGUCUCGCUUACUUCAUUCUUCCAAUUAACAUAAAAUCUUUUGAUCUUCCCUCUUUUUUGGCCUUCACAGAAGAGACCUAUACAUAAUAAGACAGUGGAAAUGGAAAUCUCAUCCCCUAGAAAAAAAUUAAUCACAGCCAUCUCUCUUGCCUAAAAGGUAAAUAUUUAUAAACCCGAGGAAAAGGAAUGGUAGUUUCUCCAGAUGUCAUUUAGGCCUCUAAACUCUUGCUGUUGGCUUUUCAAUACACUUUUAUUUGUUGGACUAAAAAAGUCCCAAGGAUGUUCUAUAACUGUUUUCUCCGUGAUUACACUUGAUUUUAAAUUAAAGAUCUGUAUCUGUCUUAGAGGGUUAGCGUAUCUGGGAUUAGUUUUUCUCUAUUUCUGCUUGCUGUAUUCUUGCUACUGAAGCCCUCUAGCUGCCCCUGCCCUACACCAUCCUGCUCUGCCCUAAGUAUUCUUUGUGGCUGGCUCAGAGGAGAGAAUACUCCUUGAUACCCCAGUAACUGCUGUUCUUUAUAUUGUAGACAGCUUUGAAAAUUGUUUUAAUCUUUGUACCCCCACCACCUCAACUCGCCAUACCCUGAGCUAAGUUACUAUACAUUUCUCUG